AAAACCUAGAUUGCCUCACCGUUUUUAAUAGGAAAUAAAAAAUGAAGGUUGCAGCAAUCAAUUUGCGUUUUCAGCUCUCUGCUUAUUGUCACGGCAGCGCCCCCACUUUCUCCGUUUCUCCCUCCGUCGCCAUCCUGUCACCAGUUGCUACCCGAUGUCCGUCUCCUCUUCCUUGUCCCUCACCAUCGGCGAUGCCCGAGCGUCCGAUUAAAUUUUUUUUUUGUUAUUUUCGGCUGCCUAAUGGUCCAUCGCAAUACCAGAUCUCCUCUCAUUACCAGAUCGCCAGACGAAGAGCAACCCGCGCACUGAACCCUUUUUUUAUCUGGGGUGAAAUUGAUUCCGAGAAGAUUUGUUGAGGUUUCUUUCAGAUCUGAGAACACCUCUCAGAAACUGAGGUUUGAUAACUCAAAAACCUUAGCAGCAGAAUUUUUGGUUGCUGGUGUUGUUUUCUUCAAUAUUUGAGAUGGAGAAGUUGAUUUAUAUUCACGUUUUGAGGUUGGGAGAAUCUUUGUAUGAAUCAGAUGAUGUAGAUAGUGGCUAUAGGGACGCAACAAACGAUUGGUAUUUGUUGAAACAAACCGAUGGUAAUAAUGGUGUUGAGAUUCAAUUCUCGAGAGUUUUCGAGGAUAUAAAUCAAGUUAACCACCCAGGUCCUGCACUUGUGGGCGCCGAUUGUGCAGUUAUUGGUUCUUUUAUUUACGUCAUCGGUGGCCGCAGUAACGUGACUGAGAUGUAUUCGGUGCGCUGUGGUGGUGAUGGGUGCAAGGAGAUACGGUGUCUAGAUACGAGAAAUGCUAGAGAUGGUUGGAAGACUUGUUUUGCUUUGCCAUUCACUUUCAGUGGAGGUAGGUCUGCUGUUGUUGACGGUCGUUGGUUGUACCUGUUUGCUGGUAACCGCCAUGAUGGUUUUCGCAACCCGGACCCUUGGGGUUUUGCUUUGAAUGUUGUUGACAGCAACAAAGGUGAAGUCGAAGUAAGAAAGAUAAUCAAGCCGCAUUUAUCUCGUUUUUAUCCAAUUGCUUCAGCAUCUUUGUCCCCAGGUACACUCAUUGCCUAUAUGGCGGAUGAACGCAUUUUGUAUCAAUUAGAUUGCUCAAAUGGCUCUUGGACUGUCUACCAGAAGGACUUGCCUUAUGGUUCUUAUCCAUUUCUCGGUUGCAUCACACUUUCAGAUGAUGGAAUUCUUUAUACGUACGAUACUAUACACAUGCGCUUGGAUUCCUAUGACGUUGCAAACAGAAAAGAACUUCCUUCGGUUGAUCUUCCCCGGUCCUUUUGGUUUGGUCGUGAGGAAGAUGUCGAGCUCAUUGUCCUUGCUAAGGACAGGUUCUGCGUUAUAUGGCAUGAUGAUGGUUAUGAUGUCAAUGAAAUUUGCAUUUAUUAUACUAGAUUCUCAGUUUCUUAUGAUCUACCUAAGCCCACUGCCACUGUUGAGGAUAGCAGGGCUUUUCCAAUCAGAGGCGUCGAAAUACUCAAUAUUGUAACUCUGGAUCCACAUUCAGAUGCAAUGGCGAAUGACUUGAGCUGCAACAGUGGAGUUGAUAAUUAGAAGUUUGUGGGGACAAACAAUGAUGAAACGUGUGAUUGGAGGAAUUUACAAGUUUUGGCAGUUCAUAUGAGUAAUUGGAGGAACCUAGUUGAAAUUUGGUUAGAAUAAGAAAGUAAAUCAUAUGAUUUGCAAACUGGCAACUCUAAUUUAGCUUCUGUAUGAAGUGUGGUCAUCUUGCAAAAUAAGAUAUGUUUUUUCAUGUUGA